AACAUACCUCAUCAUGAGCAUAUUCUGAGACAAGUUAGUCUUGGAGAGGUAGGUGAUGAUUUCAAGUUGACACUGUUGGUCCAGUUUUUGACUUUAACCAAGCCAAUCGUUCUCAGAGCAACAAACCUUGUCGGCGAGAAUCCAACGGAGAUUAUAAUGAACUUUAAGGAUCAUGGGACAAUCCAUCAAAACAUGACUUCUCUUGGACGUGGCUAUGGACAUGUACUGAGCCAUUGUCAUUCGAGUUAUUCUCGCUUUGAUUUCAUACUCGACGCAAUGUUUAUCCAGGUGUCCAUAAGUGAUUUCUGCGAACACGAGAAGACACAAACUAAGCAGAUCCAGAACGCUUUUGAUAAGAGAGAUCCCGACGGCAAAAAUCAGAUUGAAAGAUAUUUGGACGAAGUAUUUGGAGGUAAUCAUUCCGCCUUAAUUGACGAUGGACAUUUUGUUGUCAAAAAGGAUGGAGAGCCAGUAACUGGAUUUAAAAUAGUUUACAUGCGUGGUUCCCCUGGUGCACCAAACCACACUGGAUUAAUCAGCAAGUACAAAGAUCUUCUUCAUGUCAGCUUCAACGAGCUCAAAGAGAAAC